AUGCGGCGUGCCGAGGAGGAUGCGCUCGCAGCCGAGGCAGACAGGUACCUCCGGGCGCGACGAUACGAGGCGGGCCACUUCGACGGCGUCAUCCGACACUACCGCGAGCUCCAGCGGCCGCUGCGCUCGUGGUCGUCCGCCUCGCGCAGCCUCUUUGAUCGAGUGGCGUCGCUCGCCGCGCUGCCGUCGGGCGCAGAGCUGCUUCCAGUGCACGUCCUCGACCUAGAGGCGCACGGCGAGAUUUCGCGGCACGUCGACCACGUCGAGUACUCGGGCGGGCCGCGACUGACCACCGCCCGGCGUCUCGCAAGCGAGAGCAUCGUCGGCCUGUCGCUGCUCUCGCACGCGGUGAUGCUGCUCCAGCACGAGGCCGACCCGGCCGCCGCCUUCGACCUGCUCCUGCCCCGCCGCUCGCUCUACGUGCUGCGCGGCGAGGCGCGGUACCGCUGGGCGCACUCGCUGCCGCUGCAGCCGAGCUUUGAGGGGCAGAGCCUACCUCCAAAGUCGCGCCGCAUCUCUGUUUUACUGCGUGAUCGGCCGCCGAACGAGGUGCCGCGCGAGGUUUAA